UUCUCCAUCUCUCUCUCUCUCUCUAACCUGCAAUCUCCCUUCUUUCUCUCUCAUCUCUCAGUUUCAUUGUAUAAAUCACCCUCUCUUUCAUUUACAUAUACCAGAUUAUCUCUCUCUCUCUCUCUCUCUCUCUCUCUCUCUAUAUCAAUUUUAGUAGAGCUCCAAUUUUCAUAUUUCCUCUAGAUAUAAACUCUCAAAUGUACAGGCACCCAUCAUCAAAACCUCUCUCUUCCAACCAGUUUCUCUCUCUAAAAUCUGCUUAACCAAUUUCUCUCGCACUAUAACCCAUUAUCUCUAUCUCAAUUUUACAGAACCCAUCUUCAAAAUCUUCUCUCUCUUGAACAAUGGUGAAGAAGAAUAACCUGUGCAUCACAAUCCCAACGUUCUUCAAAUGCCCAAUUUCAUUGGACAUAAUGAAAUCGCCUGUGAGUCUAUGCACUGGCGUCACCUACGAUCGAUCGAGCAUCCAAAAAUGGAUCGACAAUGGAAACAACACUUGCCCUGCAACUAACCAAGUCCUUCAGACCAAAGAAUUCAUCCCCAACCAUACUCUUCAACGCCUUAUCAAAAUUUGGACCGAAUCGAAUCAGAACCCUAACCCUAGCGAUGCAGGCCAUUUUCCUUCUAGUCCAGGCCCUCUCGAACCACGCCAGAUCCAAGGCAUCGUGGAAGAUAUAAAAAAUGGAGUCAUGAUUUCUUCUGAGAUCUUGACUAAGCUUGGUCGAUUCGCUAGAGAGAGAGAGAGAAAUCGAGAGUUCCUUGUUAAAGCGGGGUGUAUACCUGUUCUUGCUGGUGUUUUAAUGGCGGCCAAGAGCUUGGAGAUUUUGGAAGAAGCGGUCAGGGUUCUGGCUCUUGUUUUUGUGAAUCAAGAUCGAAUCUCUGCAAAGAUAUUGGCAAAAUCAGAGGUACUCGAUUCCAUUCUAAAUAUCUUGCAAAAGGGGGGCUCAAAUUCGAAGAUGGAGAGCGUGAAGCUCUUAGAGAACAUUGCCAUGGAUGCAGAGCUCAAGCUUUUAGUUGCAGAGAAACAAGGGAUCUUAGAAACCCUAAUAAAGCUCUUGGAAAACGAGUCUGGCCCAAUCAUCGAGUCAUUGCUAUCCUGCUUAAUAACUCUAUCGGUUCCAAAAAAGACCCGGGCACCGCUAGUGAGACUCGGCAUUGUUCCAGUCACCGUGAAAAUUCUCCGGCGUUCGGAUCCCGGCGCGGCUGAACGGUCAUUGAAGAUUUUGGAGAUGCUCACCGCUUGCUCCGAUGGGCGAAAGGCGAUCUGCGAUGACGCCACGUGUAUACCGCUGAUCGUGCAAAAGCUGCUCAAAGUAUCGAGUCAAGCUACGGAGUACGGAGCGGUGGUCCUAUGGAGUAUGUGCCAUCUGUUUAGGGAUCAGAGAGCACAGGAGAUGGUGGUCGGGAGCAAUGGAUUAACAAAGAUUUUGUUGCUUAUGCAGAGUAAUUGCUCGCUGAGUGUUAGGCAAAUGUGUAGUGAUUUGUUGAGGAUUUUCAGGGUUAAUUCCAAGAAUUGUUUAUCGAAUUAUGACAGUAAGAUGACACAUAUAAUGCCCUUUUGAUAUUGGAAUUUUUGGAAUUUUGGUUUUUUUUUUUUGAGGGGUCCGUGGAUCAAAUUCUUGUAAAUCUUGAUAAAUUUGUGAUGAAGAUAGGGCCUACCCAGGAAAAUGAUACACAGAAAUUAAUGAAAUUGGAUUCAUAUCCAUUUUU